GUGUGUUUGUGUUUUCAGAUUACGGGUACCUGGGGAACUCGCGCCCCCGAGCAACAGAGCAGGGGCUCGCCUGGGUCUCCACCCAUUUCAGGGCCCAGAAAAAGGGGUAGAAGCUGGCAAAACUUCCAGCUUUCGCAGGCUCGGUUUCAGCGGCGCCUCCGCUUCUCCAGAUCCUGGGCGCUUGCCUCUCUCCUCCCUUAGCAACCGGGAGGCUGUGGAUACCGCCGGAGGGUGGGGGCUCGGGAGGCUGCGGGUAUCCCGAGCUCCCAGGGGCGGCGGGCCCAGCCCAGGUGCCUGAGCACAGGCAACCUCAGUGAGGAGCCACCCCGCGAGCGCGACUGUCGCAGCGCCAGCGUGCACGGGGCCCACGCACCCACCCUCCGCACCUGCCGCGGGGUCCAAAAGGGAUCCUGCAAAAAUGAGCCAUUCUCACCCAGCUGGGUUACUUGCAGCGUAUAACAGCCUUACAGAUAAACACUUGGCUGGGUAUUUUAACAAUACGAGGAUAAGGCGGCAUCUCUUAAGAUCAGGACUGAUCACAAGAAGUGGAAGAAUACUUUCCGAAAAAGAAUAUAAACUAAAUAUUAUGAAGCGAGAUCAUCAAAAAUAUAUUCGGGAGUGUUUAGCCCAGGCAAUUUUUCAUAAAGUUCUUGAUAUGGAGCGUUACCAUCAGCUUGAAAUAAAAAAGAAAUUGGAGACUUUAGCUAGGAAGGAACAAAUUCAGAGGUUUAAGGGAGAGCACACAAGAAGAUCUGUUGAAAAUAACAUGCCAAUCCUGUCUCCCCAUCCCCCAGUUGGCCCAAAGACUAACCGUGGCCAUAGUAUUCUGGUUGAUGAAGGACAUUCUAGUCCAUUAGCACUGACAGCCCCUCGACCAUAUACUGCUCCAGGAAAUAUGCAGCCUCCUACUCAAUUACAGCCUCUUCCCAGUAAUCUUGCAGUAGAAACUGUUCCAAAGGUAACUUCAAGGUCCAGAUCAAAAACCUCAUUGCUGGAAAAUGAAGUUCUGUUUCCCAUUGGGGGCAAGAAGGCAGUGAUGAAGUUCAGGAACUACAUAAGCAAUUCACAGAGAAUGAAUUCAUAUCAACUUCCAAACAUUAACAGCUACAUGAUGCCUAUUCCUCCUCCACCUCCCCCAAAUGGGAAAAUCACAAGAGAAAAUAGAUCUGAAACAUGGAGAAGGAGAAGAUUUCAUCCAACCACUGCUCCAAAUGGCUUAGAACCUCUUUUUACCAGGGAUUCAAGAAGGAUUCAUAAAACAUCCUUGCAUAGUAAUGCAGCUAUUACAAUGAUCUAUUUGGGGAAAAACGUGCACCUAUCUUCUGAUAAUCCAGACUUCCGGGAUGAAAUAAAAGUUUAUCAGCAGCACUGUGGUGGGGAAAACCUUUGUGUCUACAAAGGCAAACUACUUGAAAAAGAGACCUUUCAGUUUAUUUCCAAAAGACACCAUGGUUUCCCCUUCAGUCUCACCUUUUUCCUGAAUGGGAUGCAGGUGAACAGGCUAAGCUCCUGCUGUGAAUACAAGCAUCGAAAAGGUUCCAGGCUUGGAGGCAAACGAGGCUACUUUGGGUUUGUGUGUGUUGAGAGAUCAUCUCCUUGCUACAAGUGCAUUAUUGCGAUGGGACUUGACAAAAAAACAUCUUUGCCAAAAUCUAGGGAAGAAAAGAGCACUGAGAAAGGAGAGGAACUGAAGAAAGCUGAGGGGAAAGUGAGGGAAGAGAGAAAGUAUAUGAUACCAAGAAGAAAUGAGAUUAAGGGGAACAAAACCUCUGUCUCAGACAUUUACUCAGCUCAAGAAAUAAAAACAGGGCUCAAAGAAGUAAUAACUGCUGUGGAGGAAAUGGAAAGUAAAGGAAAACCAGGACAAGAUGUCUGGGAAGAUGACCAGGAAAAUACUUUAAAAUAUGAAUAUGAAGAAGAUUUUGAAGUAGAUGAGGAGAAACGAGAUGAAAAAGUCAAUGAAGAAGGACAGGCUGAUGUUCAAAUGAAUGGAAUACCAAAGUCACCUUUGGAUGAUAAAAAGGAUAAUUUAGACCCUGAAAAGGAGAGUGAAACCUCAUCACAGAAGGCACCAGAUGCCCAUGACAAUGUGAUAGAUGAGAAUGACGGAUGCCCUGAGAGUGAAUUGGAAGAGGAUAAACAAGAUAUGAAAACUGCUUCAUCAACCUCAUCCACCAGUCACCCUUCUUCUAGUGACAGUGAGGAUGAAUCUGCAGUGGGGGUCAGGGAAGCCCAUGCUGACAAUAGUACAGAUGAAAGUGCCAGAAGUUCACCUUCUCAGGAGCUGAGUGAACAUAAUGAGCCAGGAAAUUCCCACCUUCCAAUUGAGGAAUCCUUAGAAAUUGAAAUUGAAGACCAAGAAAUAACAAAAGCAGAUGUGGAGACCAAGCCAAUGCCAAUAGAGGAAAGCUUUGAGAAUGUUCUUAAAGAAGGAAUGGAGAAAGAAACCCAAGGGAUUGCAGAGGGUUUAUCUGACAAGUCUCGGAAACUUGUUUCUGCAAAAGAAAAAGAAAAGGAUAAGAGCAAGAUUUGGGAAGAAAGCACUGCUCAGGUGACGGACAAAAAGGCAGGUCUCCCUGGGGUGGAGGAAGGUGCUGGAAAGAUAAUAACGGAAGGCUUGGCAUCGGGCUACCACUGUCACUAUGAUGCUGAGUCUGGUGUCAGCAGCGAAGAUGGGGGUGGGAAGCCACCGAGGAAGCUGGAGGUUGACACAAGUGGCGGAAAGGAUUCAUUGCCAUUAGCAUAUGACCUGGCCCUUGGUGCACCAACAAUGAAUUUAGUGGUGGCUGAAACAGCAACAAUCAACUCAAACAAGGAAUCCCAGCGAUUGGCACAAGAAAAGUAUACACUGGAGAAGAAAAAAGCAAUGGAGGCAGAUGAAGUGCCCCAGCACAGAGACACUGACAUAGUACAGGGAAAAGGGGAGGCAGCGCUGUGGGGAGAAGCAGGAGUUGUUCAUGAGGCUCCCUUGAGGGCGUGGAAGCCAACAGCAGAGCUGUCAGAACUGGUAGAAGAGUUCACAGAGAAAAGGGAGAUUUUUCCAGGUAUAGAAAGGGGGGCAGAGGCAGCAGCAGAAGCAGAAGGGGCCAGAAGGCUGGGCGAAGGGGGGUCAGACUCCACUGGACAAGCGGCAGCAAAAGAUGCUGUGGGCCUGAGUAAAGAUGAGGCUCCUGUAAAGCAGGCCUUGAUGCUGAUGGUGCUUGAGACAGAGAAGGCAGCUUCUGAAGGGGAACAGGGUUUGGAGAAGCCAGUGCUUGCAAGUAAAGCAGCAGCCCUGAAUUCAGAGCAUCUUAAGGAGGUGGUAACCCUGAGAGAGGCAGCGACAUCGGAGGAGGGAGAGGCUGAGGGUGGGGUGGCCGUGAGUGAUGCCAGGGAAAGUGAAGAGCAAACAUCCAUAGACCUAGAGGACACAGAACCCAUGGAGGACACAGCAUCCAAGAGAGAGGAUGGUUCUGAAGGGGCAGUUCUUGGGGGAGAGGAACCAGCCAAAGAGAGAAAGUAUGUGAGAACAGAAACACCCUUGAGCCCCUUUGCAGGAACAGCAGAGGCAAGCCGGAUGCAGGGCAGCCCUGAAGACCUUUGCAAGGAAGAUGUGGAAGGGGAAGAGAUAGCUUCUGAGGCAGAAGCUAAUAGGGAAGAUGAUAGGAAAGAAAUGUUGCCCAAGGAAUUAGAUGUAGCAAGAGAGGGAAGGAAAGCUGAGAGACCAAAAACGCCUCUGAGGAAAACCAAAUCUGAGAGAGAAGAGGUGACAAGGCCAAAUGCACUUAAGGAUAAAGACGCUUUUAAAGAAGAGCGAAAACGUAAAGCAGAAGAGGGGAAAUCAGAGACAGAAGUAAGAGCUGAGGAAGAGACAAAAGCCCCACCCAAGGAAAUGGGAUCUGAUGCUGAGAACGAAGCACCUGUGGAGGCAUCUGAGUUGUCUGACAAUCCAGGGCUUCUAGGAGAAGAUUCAGUAAAAGAGACAGUGGAUCCCAUAUUUGAACCGACACCUGGAUUUGAAAACUCGCUGGAAAACAUAACAGCUUUGACAAAAGAAGGAGGAGAGGAAAGACUGAGCGAAGCCAGAGACACAGAGCACAAAGAUGGAGAAGAGCUAUUGAACAGGGAGAACAGGGCCCUGGAGGAGGGGCCCCACCAGGAUGGAGAGGGGGCCUUAGCAGCUCCUGAAAGUGAGCCAGCCGGAAAGGUGCAGGCCCCUGAGGGGCUGAUCCCAGCCACAGACCCGGCAGAGGAGCUGGCCGCCAAAGAUCACAACUGCAGUGCAAGAAUGGAGGAGAGGGCUGAAGGGCAAGAAGGGGUGGAUGUCAUGCUAAGGACCCAGGAAGAUGUUCCUGAGGGAGAUUCCACGAUGGCAGAAAAGUUCAGGGAAGAAUUGAUGGAUGAGGACCCAGAGGAGGAGGAGGACAAAGAGUGCACUCUGGGGAGAGAAGUGAUUCAGGACGGGAACUUGGAAGUGGACAGGGACUUGGGAGGAGGGGGAAACACAGAAAAGAAUGAGGGCCUGGGAGGAGAAAGGGUUGUGGCUGAGGAAGUUCUACACGGAGGAGGGGAAAUGGCAGAAACAGCCAGAGAGGAGAGGGAGGUGUUGGCAGGUUUGGAGACAGCUGAGGAGAAAACAAUAGCAAAUAAAGCCUCCUCCUUUUCAGAUGUUGCUGAGGAAGAAACUUGGCACCAAAAGGAUGAGUUAGUAGGAAAAACAGCAGCUGCAGGGAGGGCGGUGGUAGAGGAAUUAGUGCAGAGUGAGGAGGAAAUGUCAGCGGCAGAGGAGAUGACAGUGACAUGUACAACAGAGGCUGGGGUAGGUACCCCAGGAGCCCUGGAAGGGAAGACCUCAGGGCUAGGACAGGAGCUAGAGGCAGAGUCAGAGGGCCAGGAGGCAGCCACUGGGAGGCAGGAGUUGAGAGCAGCUGAAAAAUUCACAUUAGGAUUACCACGGGAAGGAGAGAGGGAACUGAGUAUAGAGAGUCUCCAGGCGAUGGCAACACAUCCUGAGAAGACUGAUUUCACUGCAACCCAAGAGAAGCAACAGCGCAUGGUGCAAGGAGAAAGCGAGGCUGCAGAUGUUUCUCCCAGCAACGCGCAGGCCUAGGAGACUUGCUGGUAGAUGGAUAAUUUAAAGAUGUCUUCUGGAAGACGUAAAGAGUGGAGAAAGAUUUGCUCAAGCAUCUCACCAGGACUCUUGAUUUUGUCUCUCUUUUCUUUUUAACUCCGAGCUAUACUUGUCUGAGAUGAUUCCCAAUCUGUCAACCCUGGUCAGUAGCUCAGUAAGCACCUUGAGAAUAGCUCAAGUAGAUUUGUAGGAUCCUUCUUAGGAGCCAUGGUUCCUCCUGGAGAAACUCGUGAGGCUGUUACACAUUCUACACACCUAACACUAUUUUCAAACAAAAAUGAUGAUUUUCAAAUGUUUGACUUUUACCAAAGAUCACUGGAAGGCCCAGUCCUAAUAUUAGGGGUUUGUCUAAAGUCCUUUUUAUUUUACAAUACAGAGCCCAAAUCCAUUCCACAAUCUCAGAUUCAUACAUGGGAAAUUUAUUUAUAAUCUGUGGUUUGGGGCUUUAAUGAAUUGGUCUGUGAUCUCUAACUUAUUUUAGCAAACAAUUUCAUGGGUCUUUAUAAUAGAAUGACUUAUAAUCCUUUGGGUAUAUACCCAGUAAUGGGAUUGCUGGUUCAAAUGGUAUUUCUAUUUCUAGAUCCUUGAGGAAUUGCCAUACUGUCUUCCACAAUGGUUAAAUUAAUUUACACUCCCACCAACAGUGAAAAAGCGUUCCUAUUUCUCCACAUCAUCUCCAGCAUCUGCUGUCUCCUGAUUUUUUUAAUGAUUGUCAUUCUAACUGUGUGAGUUGGUAUCUCAAUGUGGUUUUGAUUUGCAUUUCUCUAAUGACCAGUGAUGAUGAGCUUUUUUUUCAUAUUAUAAAGACACAUGCACACGUAUGUUUGUUGCAGCAUUGUUCACAAUAGCAAAUACUUGGAACCAACCCAAAUGCCCAUCAGUGAUAGACUGGAUAAGGAAAAUGUGGCAUAUAUACACCACAGAAUACUAUGCAGCCGUAAAAGAGAUGAGUUCAUGUCCUUUGCAGGGUCAUGGAUGAAACUGAAAAACAUCAUUCUCAGAAAACUGAUACAAGAACAGAAAACCAAAUACCGCAUGUUCUCCCACAUAAGUGGGUGUUGAACAAUGGACACAUGGACACAGGGAGGGGAACAUCACACACUGGGACCUGGGGGAUGGGGAGCUAGGGGAGGAAUAGCAAGGGGUGAGGGGACUGGGAAGGGAUAGCAUUAGGAGAAAUACCUAAUGUAGAUGACGGGGCAAUGGAUGCAGCAAACUACUGACACGUGUAUACCUACGUAACAAACCUGCACGAUCUGCACAUGUACCCCAGAACUUAAAGUAUAAUAAAUAAAUAAAUAAAUAAGAUUUCAUGGAAUGUAUUUGCACUUUUACUUAGAAAUAUUCAUUCUUUUAAUUUAUGCCAGAAUAAUAAAGGAAAGUCUUAUUUCAAAAUGCUCUUUGUUUUUUGUGAGUGUUUCUGUAGUUCUACUUUCUGGGGUAGACUAGUAAAAUGGCAGCUUGUAGCAUUUGAUCCCUGGGGCCUUAUUUACAGAGCCAUUCAAAUUUAAAUAAAAGUAGUAAAUAAUUAAGUUAAGCAGAAUGAGUAUAAUGAUUAUAGCGAUAGGCAGCGCACAUCAGCAUGUAUGCCAACGUUCUGUACUCUUUAGUUGCUGUCAUUCAACGGAAAAGAAACUUGGACUAAAUGAGUGUGCUGCUCACCUUCCCAAGUUCUGUUAUUUCAAACCUGUGAACUAACCUUGCAGUUCAUUAUAAAUCAAUAGUCACAAUUGCAUUCUAAAUUACCCCCGAUAUUAUUUUCUAGUUGUAUAUCAGCCUGCCUCCUAGGGGUUUCGAUUUCCUUGAAGACAUACCAGUGCCCCAGAGUGCAUGUGUUUAUCUACCAUUUCUUUAUGUGAGGAGGCAAAAAAAAUUUCCUUAAGCAGUGAUUUUCCAGCAAGAAUAGACAUUAGAUUUUCAUGGGGCACUUUUAUAAUGACUCAAUGCUUUUCCGCACCCCAGAGAUUCCGCUUUAAUUAGUUUUGAUGGAUCUAUGCAUCAGUAUAUAUAUAUAUAUUUUUUUAACUUUUCACUUGAUUCUUCUAUAUAGCCAAGGUUGACAACUGCUGCUCUAAAUCAUAUAAUCCAUGCUGGCCACAUUACACUCAAGGUCCCUUGGGACCAGGCAUAUUAUCAAAAUAGGUAUUUUUCAUUUUAAUGUAUGAUGGAGCCAUUCAAUGAUCAAAAAUACACUGAGCCAGAUAGUAGAUAGGUCCUUGAUGAGAAGGAUCAGCAUCAUCUGCAAAUUGGUCCCAGCUCCUUCUCCUACCUACUAAAUUAGAAACUCUUGGUGGGGUCCAGUAAUCCAUAUCUUAACAAGACCUUCAUGUGAUACUGGUGUACACUGAUGUCUGAAAACUGCUGUCAUGGACUAUUGAUAGUAUUAAGGUUUAGUCUCAGUUGGAAAGCGAACUGCAGAGGCAUUGUGAACUUUCUUUCUUUGCCUCUCUCUGUCUCUCUAUCUUUCUCUGUCUUCUGAUUUAUCUGUCUCUUUCUUCUCUAGGAAAUGGCACUCAAUAUAAAAGCGGUGAAGUCAGGAUUAAACCUAUUUUUACUAUGAUUCUAUUGAUACAUACAAGAAGUCCCUCUGCCCUACUCCCUAUUGAAGGAUAUCACUUACUGCACAUCAUAAAUCGCUAUAAUCUGUCUUAAAGUUUUAUGAGUAGAUUUCAUCUACAUUAUAUUCAAGUUCAUUUUUUUUUUUUAACUGAGCUGUGUUACUGUGGAGCUUUAACAGUAUUUGUUUCCUGAUUUCAACCUCAAUGCUACAGAGCACUUUGAAUACAUUACACCUUAUGGGAAAGAUAGUAAACUUAUUAAUCCCCUUGAAAACUCAGUUUUGUAUAAUGUGCUCAAUGGAAAUUGCAUUGGAUUAUGUUUACACUUAACACAUUUCAACAAAACAUCCCAUAGCAUAAUUCUACAAUCUGCAUGUGAGUUUACCUAUGAAAUUUAGUAUUGUGAUAUUUUGAAUAAGUGAAUUCUUUUCCUGCAAAUACUAUGUUGAUAAAAUUAUUUCUAUGUCCACCUGAAAUGAUAUUUUUCCUGUUUCUUCACUAUUAAAACAUAUACCAGUCAUAUGUUUACAGA